AUGACACAAAAUUCUACCCUUCUUCUGGUCUGCCUCCUGGCGCUCGUGUUCAUCCCUUCGGUCAGCGCAUUCGGUGCUGGCAACAUCGCAUCAGUCUCGAACAUAGAAGGUCACAAUUGGCGACAUGGCGACAUCGAAGAUCUCCUGGCCACAGUGGCAUUUAUCAAAGGACACAAGUGGACCAGCAUGAUGGUCAAGCGAGUCUACUUUGGCAAUUGGCUUCGCGAUUAUAGCCAGGCUGUCGACGUCGGUACCUUGAAAGGUGUUCAGGCCGACACCAUCCGAGUCCUGAUCUGGGUCCUGGCUUUCAUGAGCUUUGGCUACGCCACCGAAGAAUUCGAGGUGACCGCCGAGAGGCUCGGAGUUUACCGUCCAGAAGAGCACAUUGACAACCCCAAGGAUUACGCCGAUAACGUAGAUGCUAGGAAAUUUGAUGCGCGGUUGCGCGGACCUAUCCAGCCCAUUGAGCUGGCCAUCGACCCGAACACCGGCAUGAAGAACUACAUUGCCAACGAGCAGGGAGGCUGGGCGACAUCGGUGGGAUACAUAAAGUACAGCUUCGCUCGCAGCAUCCACUUCGGUCGCUUGUAUACCCAUGGCGCGAAUAAAGGACGGGAGGAAGAUCUUUGCGAAGCUCUGCGAUGUCUGGGUCAAGGAUUGCACUGUGUUGAGGAUUUUGGUGCUCACUCGAACUACGUCGAGCUUGCUCUUCGCGAGCUUGGAUACAACAAUGUUUUCCCGCAUGUCGGAGCCCAGAGCAUGAUCAACCUUCGUGGCAAGCGAGUGUUUCCGCUUGUGACUGGUACUUUCGGUGGAGUCGACUUUCUACACUCUGUUCUCGGUGAAGUAACCGAUCAUGUUACUCAGACAGAGGUGAACCAGUCGGAAGUGGACCAAUUGAAUGCAGCGCUCAACAACGCAAGUGCAUCUCAAAACCGUGGCUUCGGAGAUUCCUCGAGCAGAGCAUCCCCGCUCACAGAUUUGCUUGCUUCCAUUCCCGGCACUGGCGGUUUGAUCCAAGAAGCAAUCAGCCUGCAAGCGGCCUCUGACGCCCAAGCCGCCGAGAACACGCGCGCAGAGCAGAGUCGAGGCGCCGACAACGCCUACGUGCCGUACGAUGGCAACUUCAAUCGUACACGCGCAGAUGCUGGAGGCAGUAACUUCGCUGCACCGCCCGGUUCUCAGGGUGGACCACCGGGCCCUGGUAUCCCGGGACUGAGCACAAAUAUCGACCCUCAAGCGGCAGUCGCCAAAAUUUAUCCGAUCUUGGCUUUCCGUGACAAGGUUGUGCGCUCCAUCGCUAGUAUCGUCAGCAAGAUCCCGGGCUUGGAGAGGGUGAUCGAAACCAUCUCCGAGAAGGUAACACUAUUCGUCCUCGGCUUGCUGGCACCCUUCGUAAAACCCAUCAUCGCGACUGCUUCAAACGCACUGAAGACCGGCAGUGGAACAGUUGUCGAUGCCAGUGCCAAGCAGCAAUACCUGGUAUGGACCGACCCAACGAGUACAGAUCCCACACACAGCAUGUUAUCAAAGGACCACUUCAGCAACGUCCUCAACUCACCAGCCGGGCAAAUUGCUGGCGCCAUGCUCAAAUAUGUAGCGCCUCGUGUUGUCUAUGGGUGGGAUCAUCCUGAAGUGCCCGAGAGUGAUAUCCUCAACGACAUCAGUCGCUGUUUCCACCACCCGGCAAUUCGAGACAACAACCUUGAAAUACACCGAUCGAUGUACAGCGUCGUCGAAAAAUGGGCGCACUCCAGACCGAUCGAUGGCAAGGAUCUCAACAGCGUGCUCAGCUCGGACAGUGUGCGUGCUGGCAAGAACCACAUUGUUGCAAACAUGCAGCAGAGCCUCCAGCCGCUGUCGCAGAACAUCCAGAGUGGCUUCCAACCAUUGACGUCAAGUCUACAGGGCAUCAUGGGCGGUGGCACCUCCAGUCACAGCCACACCGCGGGCGGCGUCUUUAACAUGCUGUCUGGCUUCACCGGGAAACGCGAACUUGGCCCAGAGGAUUUCGAACCUACCCAGCACGGACAGUCUGCUUCUGGGUACGGCGGUGGCCCAUCUCAGACGUAUGAGAACCCAUCAUGUGGACAGCAGCCACAACAAUACAACUAUGGUGGAGGCGAGCAGGGAGGAUAUGGACAGCAGGGUGGCUAUCAACAAGGUGGUUAUCCAGGCAACAGCGGGCAGCAAGACUACCCCGGCAGUGGUGGCUACGGCAGGUACUGA